AUGGUUAUCGAUGAUAUUUUUUCUUUCGCAGUAGCUGCUGAAAUUAUAAAAGGUCAUGAAGAUAUUGAACCACGAUCUGUUGAUGAAUGCAAAGAGAGGCCUGAUUGGCCUAAGUGGAAAGACGCAAUCCAAGUUGAGUUAAAUUCCUUGGAAAAACGUGGUGUAUUUGAACCUGUGGUUCAAACACCGCAAGGUGUAAAACCUGUGGGAUAUAAAUGGGUGUUCACAAGAAAGCGUAAUGAGAAAAAUGAGAUUGCAAGGUAUAAGGCACGACUUGUUGCGCAAGGAUUUUCUCAAAGGCCUAGGAUUGAUUAUGAAGAAACAUAUUCUCCUGUUAUGGAUGCAAUUACGUUCCGUUAUUUAAUAAGUCUUGCAGUUUCAGAAAAACUUGACAUGCGUCUUAUGGACGUUGUUAUUGCAUACUUGUAUGGGGAGUUAGAUGCCAAUAUUUAUAUAAAAAUCCCAAAAGGACUCAAGUUGGCAGAAUCAAACACUAAAUCACGGAACAUGUACUCCAUUAAGUUGAGACGUUCACUAUAUGGGUUGAAACAAUCCAGACGAAUGUGGUACAACCGUCUUAGUGAAUAUUUAAUUAAGGAAGGCUACAUCAAUAAUCCCAUAUGCCCUUGUGUUGUUAUAAAGAAAUCAAAUUUUGGAUUUGCAAUCGUAGCAGUGUAUGUCGACGACAUGAACUUAAUUGGAACUCCUGAAGAGGUCAUUAAAACUGUUGAAUAUUUAAAGUGUGAAUUUGAGAUGAAAGACCUUGGAAAAACUAAAUAUUGUUUGGGCUUGGAGAUCGAACAUCAUCCCAAUGGUAUUCUUGUCCAUCAAUCAGCUUACACUGAAAAAAUUUUGAAGCGAUUUUAUAUGGAUAAUGCCCACUCGUUGAGCACUCCAAUGGUAGUUCGUUCAUUAGACACAAAUAAAGAUCCAUUCCGUCCUAAAGAGGAUGAUGAAAUGAUACUUGGUCCAGAAGUACCAUAUCUUAGUGUGAUAUGUGCUUUAUUAUAUUUAGCCCAAUGUACUAGGCCAGAUAUUGCAUUUUCAGUAAAUUUGUUAGCCAGGUAUAGCUCAGCUCCAACACGUAGACACUGGAAUGGUAUAAAGCAUAUCUUGCGCUACCUUCGUGGAACAACUGAUAUGGGCCUGUUUUAUUCGAACAAACCUUCCAACAGUCCAAAUCUUAUUGGAUAUGCGGAUUUUGGGUAUCUCUCUGAUCCACAUAAGGGUCGCUCUCAAACUGGUUAUGUGUUUACUUGUGGAAAUACAGCGAUCUCAUGGCGAUCUAAAAACAAACCUUGGUUGCUACCUCUUCUAAUCAUGCAGAAAUUCUUGCGCUCCAUGAGGCCAGUAGAGAAUGUGUUUGGUUGA